UCGAAAUCAAUUAUUGUGGUUUUAUUUAAUGAAAUUAAUUUUUUGUAUAAUUUUUCUAUUUUUCCCUUUAGCCUUUUUUUUAUAAAUAAUUAAUGUCCAUUGAUGACUAAUGACCAUUAUCUGAUGCCAUUUUGAUUGAUUCACUUCACUUGUAUGUGUAGAAAGUGUUAAAUUAAAAAGAAAGAGUUGAGUACUUCUUGGGUUGCACUUCGAUAUUAUUUUUUAUUGUUAUUUAAUCGAUAGCAAUCGAAAAAAAAGUGUUAAAGAAAAAAAAAAAACACAAAAAAACCGGCAAUAAAAAAAAAAUUAUAAAGAAAGAAAAAGUGAUUCGUGUUUUGAUUGAAUGCUGGAAGGAGUGAUUUGAUUUUUAUUGUUAAAACAUUAAUCAUAAUUAACGAAAACAACAACAAAAAAAUCGGUUUAAAAAAAAUUGUAUAACUUAAUCGAUAACAAGAAAAAAAAGUGUUAAAACGAUUACAUUUUACAAGAGAGUUAAGUGUGCGGUAGUAAAUCGGGGUCUUGUGUCUUCAAAAGGUUUUGAGAUACCAAGAAAACAAGGAUAACUUGUAAACAGAAAAUAACCCAUUUCAUUUGAGAAAAAUAAACUAUCAUAUGAGGUGUGACAUCGAUAACAAAAGAUAACACAAACAACUAAAUAUCGAAAGAUGUCGCAAAUCAAAAUCAAUCUAUUCGCACUAUUUGCUCUAGUCCUAGUGACUUUAGCUAACACAUAUGACUGCCCCGAUGACUGCCACUGUAAUGUUAUAAACGGUGCCAUACCGCACAAUCAUGCCAAAUGCACCAGUCUCAAUGGUUUGAUGAAGAGCAGAAAUCUGCCAAUACAUUCCAUUGAUCUAUCCAAUAUGAAUUUGACCCGAAUUCCAUCGCAUCAGCUGGAAAAGCUACGCGAUUUAAUUUCGAUCGAUUUGUCAAACAACGAAAUCGCAGAAGUUGGCCGAUUGGGACCACGAGUGAAAACUUUAAAUCUAAAAAAUAAUAGUAUCACAUCGGGGAAGUUGUCAAAAAUACCAUUGCAUGUUCAACACUUGGAUUUGUCCCACAACGAAUUGACUUAUUUACCUUUAGAACUGCGUAAUUUAUCGAAACUACGAACGAUCGAACUGAAUAAUAAUCAGAUAAAUUGUUCCUGUGAGACCUUAGACGUAAGGAAUUGGCUGCAGGAGAAACAUGUUUAUACCGAAAGUCUGGUCAAAUGCACUUACCCGAGUGAGGUGAAAGGCAAACCUUGGUUGCAAGUGAAACAAUCACAAAUGUGUGAAAGGGAGAAGGCUACUCUGGGGUUUGGCGAAGACGAAGAGGACAACGAAUUGAUGAUGGGUGAUGCUCCCGCCGUUGAAGGAUCUGGUGAGGAGGACGAAGUCGAUGAAGAAGAACUGGGUAAUGUGUUCAUGCCAAUUGAUAACAAGAAAUCUUCAAAAGAAUCUUCAGAUGCUCCUGAUUUAAUUGUCCAGGGUUCGGGUGACGGUGAAGUAUCAAGUCCCAUUAUUGAAGAAAAGGAACAUGCCAUGGAAGAAGACGAAGAAGAUGGUUCAGGCAGUGGAAUGGGUCCAAAUCUGCAUAUCUUCAGACUUAACGAAGAGGACUCUGAAGAAAAACCUGCAACAGACGAUAUCAUAGUUCCAGUUGUAGUAAAAAAUGUGGAAUCUGAAGCUCCCAAAGAAGAUGCUUCUGAGGAAAAAGACUCAUCUGAGACCCCUGAAAAUGGCAAUGGAAUUGAGAAGGCGAGUAUUAUGGUUCCUCGAGAUGAGAAUGGAGAAUCGAAAAAUACCUAUGUUCUAUUGGGAGUCAUUUUACUAAUUGUUCUCGGUCUGAUUCUUUAUGUUGGUGUCAAACGGUGCAAGACAAACUCUAGAAAUCGUGCCCAUGAUGCCGAAAAUCCACGUUCCACAGAACUUUUGAACAUGGACAAGAAGAAUCUUGGCAAACCAAUCCAAAAGAACGGAACCGAACAUGCUCCUUUGAUAACUGAGAAGAAAAAAGAAGAUAUGGCCAAACCCAUCAACGGAAACAGUCGAACAAUCUAUGAAGAUGAAAAAGACAAAAAGACCCAUGAGCCGCUACUAAAUGGCGAUAGCAAACCUCAAAAUGAAUCAAACAACAACGUUCUGCCUAAGGAAGAACCUAGUCAGCUAACAAUUCGUCAGCCAGAAUAUACCGAACCACCUUAUGACCCAAAUCACCGAAUAAUUCCCCGCUAUCCUCCACCAAAAUCCCCAAGGGCAUCGAAACAGAAUUACCAAAACGAUGAUGACCCAUAUUUGCCUUCUUCACCAAAAACCGGUCGUUAUAGUCCGGUCUAUUCACCAGAAACUGGUAAAGUCAAAAUCAAGUUGACCGAAACACCUAGACCAAAGACCCCAAUGCUUGUGACGAGAAGUAAAUCAAAUGCUGGUGAGAUUAUUACAACCCCAGUUGUAAGACCCCGAACUACAGUAGCGCCAGCAGCUGCCGGUCAAGAUGAGGUAGGUCUUCACACACGACCUGAAUCACCAACACAGACGCAAAAUCAACAAAAUCUACAAAAUCAUCUGCAAGAAGAACAACAACAGCAAUAAUUAAAAUUUAAAAAUUUAAGGCUAAUUGUAGGUUAUUUGUAAUUUUAUAUAAAAAAAAUAUUUAAUAAUUUGUAAAUUUACGUGAUUUAAAUUUUUGUUUUUGUUUUGUAAUUUUUAAUAAGUGAUUUCAUAUUUUAUUAUACCAUGAAA